AUGCUUGUCUCCCAGCGCAUCGCUGCGCUCCGGCGUGUAGAGCUGCAGCUUCGUCGUCUGGUGAAGGAGGAGGCUAUUUGGCGGUCCACUCCUUCCUUGCAUCCUGGCGUGGACGCCAGACCGCGCGCGGAGCUGCGAAGAAGCGCUGGCGUGCAGGACAAGUUGCUCUUUCGUCAAGUGCCGGUGGCCCUCUCUCUGCUGGAACGCAGCCUUCUCCCCGGUGCCCGUCGCAGGAAAGCGUCCGCAGCGAAGGCGGUGGCGCGCCAGGGGCCUCAGCCCCCGAGUACGGGAUUUGCGGGAAUUGCCCCAUCACAAGCACAGUCUCUUGGCGGUGUGGGCGUGGCCCCUUCUUGGAGCGGGAAGGCUGUGGCACAACAGGGAGCCAACUUCCCCGCAUCCACGGCAAUGUCGUCUCAGAAGUGUAUUCUGCGCCGACCAGAAUGCACCCUGCGUUUGCUUUUAUCCUUGCACUUUGUGGAGCAGGAGCGGCGAAAACUUUACCGCCACCACAUGGGUCGGUUGGAGUUGAAGCUGCGAAAUGCUGAGCAGGCGUUACGCGCCCUGCGGAAGAGACGAGAAGACACGUUUACGCUGGAAGCCGCCCGAAAAGCUGUGAGCGAGGCCAAAGCGGAUGUGCUGCUGCUUCAAAGCUCGCUUCUCUCACGUCCAUACAUCUCCGCGAGGUUGUGGCGUGUGUUGUUGCGCGAAGAUGUGUGGGUCGCGGCGGUGCGGGCUUCCAGACUGCCGAAUGAUGGCAGCAAUAACGCCUCCACCACGGCACCGUCGUUGCUUGUGAUGCUUCUGUCGCUCGCCCGUCUCAGCUUCGGCGCCCUGCGGGAUGUUUGCAGGGGUCACGCGCUAAAUGCACGUGCGCCGCGGUUUGUGGCAUCCCUUCCCUCACGGGGGAUGCGGCGCAGGAGCGUGGCCCGAGUGAGUUUGCGGCACGAAAAGGGCCCAACCGCAUCGGACUCCGCGCGGGCACCCGUCAGCCCAACUUCAGACAGCCAAUUUCCGGUGAUGGCGGCGAUGAUGGAAAUGAUGUCGACAGCGGCGGCAGAGGAAGCACCUCUGUCAAACGCUGCCCGCGAGACGGCUGAGGCAACGGUGUCUGCAACCAGCUCUGCGGGUGACGCAGCGACGAAGGUUCCGCAACUGCGGUGGUUGCCGCCCUCAUCCUGCGAUGUCGUCCCGUUGGUGUUAGAGACGCUAGCGAUGUGCUCCCACGUCUUGCCGUCACUGGAGACAACUGCCAUUGUCACCCGUUACGGAGAGGCGAACGAGUUAUUUGAGCUCUUUUCGGUGCUGCAGGCAACCGCGUCUUCCCUCCUGGCGCUGCGCGCCCAUGCGGCGUCAGGGGAGGUCCUUAUGCACCGGACACUACGCCGCCUCGAGGAUGCGAUGCUGAGCUGUGGCGAAGAGGCCAAGUGUGCUCUUCUUGCGCAGUUGACGGCGGAGCCCUCCCUCGGCUUCUCGCCUGUCAAGGCUGCACGACUAUUGCUCGGUCUGGAGUCGAUGAAGCUUCUUCAAACCGGAGAGCAUGCGUCGCAGCAGCUGCUCACGCGGCUUGUGAUGUUCGUAUUUCCACAGUUGUCUACAGGUACACAGAGGGCACUUCUGGAGAAGUCCAGGCAAAACCGACUUUUUGCUUUUGCUACAAGGGGACAACGGGCUAAGCUGUACCGCGGGCACGGCAAACAGGGAAUGGAGUCUGCCCUUUUGAACUCAGUUCGGGCUCGGGCACGUCUACAGCAGCGACAAAUGCAGGCGGCACUUCGGAGCAAGCACCUUGACGCGGUCAAUAGCCGCAGCGUGGGAACACUCGCAGACGAACUUCCUGCACAGACGCUUAUAAUCUUGUUUGAUUUAUUGGUCCGUGCGGCGCGAGAUGCAAAGCGGCAGGGGAUUGAGGCGCAAGGCCGUUUCAUUACAGCAGCACUUUUUGUUCUGGAGAGUGUUUGGGUGGGAGGGGCCCGUGCCUCUUCCAACAGCGGCGACACGAUGCUUCAACCGAGCGACUUACCAGGUCUCCUUCUUACGCUUAGUGUGCUUUGGUCUCUAGUGACAGAGCGGUACCAAAUGACUCGGAGCGCACCCAGCGAUCAGCAUUGUGGCCUGAAUCAGGUUUUUCGCCACCGCCAGCAUCACAGUCGGCAGAGAAGAGAGGUGAGCGACUCCGUGGCCAAGUCAGAGAUGGUGAUGCUGAGGUACGUCACAGAUAUGGUUUUCAGUGCCGUUAAUGCAGCAAUAGCUGAACGAGUGGAACAAGCCGAGUCGGUCGCCGGCUCAAAGAGUGGAAAGGAACUAGCUCGUGCUCUUUCGUUAAAAGACCUCAUGUCUAUCGUUGACGCUCUUUUUGAAUGGGGCAGUAUUUCGUCAUCGAAUCGGGACGCCGCGUCUUUGGGAACAGCCGCCCUUCUAACGAAGCGACUCUUGGUGGCUGAUGUGCAACUGUGGCAGGAGAUGCGUCAGCUGAGCGAAUCACGGCGGGAACAAUUUACGCAAAGACUGAUUGAUGUUUUUCGACGUUUAAACAUGAUGGACACGACCGUCACGCAGGCGUUGGUGUCUGUGUGCUGA